AUGAGUGCCAGUGACCCCUCUCGUGACACCGCCAUCCGUGAGGCGAAAAUAUUUGUCCGUGAAGUUGUUCGUAACGACUGGGAAUUCACCACCAACCCCGACGGAUCUUAUCUUUCCUUGCCUCCUCCUACCGACAAUGACGCCGGUACACUUUAUCAAAACCGCAAAGUGACCGAAUGGCGAAGCAGAGAAUUCGAUAGCUCUGGCUCGGAGCUUGAACCUCAAUCGUCUGACCAGGAUUCAGACGAUGAUUCCCAGAAGGCUUUAGACGACCCCGCGACUGAAUUGCGACGCAAACGCCGUCGCCAGAUGGAGGAAGAAAUGGCUUGGAAUAAAGGACUACGGAUGUGGAUGGCUAGACGCGACGCGUGGUCUGGAGCUAGAACCCGACGUCAGAUUCGCGCAAAGGGAAAGAACCGCGCUAUUUUACAGCCUGGAAAGGACAGUUCCCAAGCGACUGGUACCGCUGCGGCGGACGGCUUGGAUUCUGGGGUUGAUGCUGCACCCCCGGCCCCGUGCUUGGGGUCUUCCCCGCACUCGGAUCGUCAAAGUCAAAACACCACUGACGUCUUGGGGCUAGCCACCAAAACAGACUCAUCGCUGUCAAUUUCCAAGCAAGAAAAGAUUGAAGAACGCCAUCGUCGUGAGGAUGCAGAGGAAGGACAAUCCACUGCGGCCGAUGAAGAAGCAAAGCACAAAGAGUCUACCGAAACCAGCAUCACGGAGCCUGAUUCGCAGAGCAACCCUACUCUUACCAAAUUCCCUUCUAUUGAUGAUGACGAACAAGACACAGAUGAGGAGCUUGAUGAACUUUUGAUUCCUGUUGCACCACCUUUCCUCGCACCUGACAACCCUGUCCGCGCUACCAUUACACCGACUAUUUACCCCUCCAUCUACACAAAAGUUGUCGUUCAGGGGAUGACUCCCACCGUUCCAGUUAAUUUGGCUGACCUGACCAAGGCAAUGGUUCAAGGCUGGAAAGCCGAUGGCCAAUGGCCGCCUAAGCCAGCCGUUUCAAGCAUUGUCCUCGCUGAUGACGCUACCGUCCCAAAGAAAGCCUCAGACAAUGCUGACGCUAGUCCUCAGUCGCGACGAAAGAACAGCAUUACGAGUGCCAUGCGCAAAGUUUUCCAUCUAGGCUCCCACCCAUUCCACCGACGCGGGUCCGCUAGUCAGGAUGGUGGAAAUGGGGCUUCGGCUGGUAAUUCUGGCUCCGUUGUUUAA